AUGAAGGAAGGCAAUCAGUCACAUGUGACUGAAUUCAUUCUUUUGAGUUUCUCCAAUCUUCGUGAAUUUCAGGUCUACCUGUUUAUGAUUUCACUUGUGAUAUACCUAAUAGCCUUGAUGGGAAACUCCCUCUUAGUGCUGGUCUCCUCGGUUGAUCCUGCCCUUCAAACUCCCAUGUACUAUUUCCUCAGGAGUCUGUCCCUAAUGGAUAUAGGCUGCACUACUGCCAUCAUCCCCAAAAUGCUCACCAAUUUCCUGUCCAAGAAUCAAAAUAUUUCCUUUGGUGGCUGUGCAGCCCAGAUGUAUUUCUCCUGCUUUUUCGGAGCAUUGGAAUAUUGGAUCCUGACAACGAUGGCUUAUGAUAGACAUGCAGCCAUCUGUGACCCAUUCCGUUAUUCUGUCAUUAUGAACCGGGAGCUCUGUCUACAGCUGGCCCUGGCUUCCUGGCUAUCAGGGAUUCCCGUGGCAACAGUACAGACUACAAUGAUGUUUACAUUGCCCUUCUGUGGGCCCAAUGUAAUUAACCACUUCUUCUGUGAUAGCCCUCCUCUCUUAGAACUGGUGUGCACAGACACCUUCGCGUUUGAGGUGUAUGAUGCAAUUGAAACUGUUAUCAUUCUGAUGCUCCCCUUUGGAUUCAUCACUGUAUCUUGCAUCCUCAUCCUUGUCACCAUCCUGAAGAUGUACUCUGCAAAGGGCCGUUGCAAAGCCUUCUCCACCUGCUUAGCCCACCUCAUUGUGGUCUCACUGUUCUUUGAGGCUGCAAGUUUGACCUAUUUCCGUGUCAAAUCCUCCUGCACUCCUGAGAGCAAGAAGCAGCUUUCUCUCUCCUAUACACUCUUCACUCCCAUGCUAAAUCCCCUGAUCUACAGUCUGAAAAAUCAAGAGGUGAAAGGUGCCCUGAAGAGAAUUCUGUUAAAUAAAGAUAUUUUCCCAGGAUCUGGGAAGCUCUGA